GACUGUGACAGAAUCUGGCCACUGACCAAAGGUUUUGUCUUGCCUAACUCUGGCUUGUUGACGUUUGCACUUUGUGUAAGCACGCACCGGAGGAAAUCUGAUUCAAGGCUGCGUGAUCCUGGUAACACAGAGUGGAAAAUGGACAAACACUUGUCUCUGACUCUGCUCCUGAUGCUGCUUCUCUCUCACAAAAGCAAAACGGAGUCACAAACCUCAUGUCCAUACAGAUGCCAGUGUUUCACUCCAGUCCAGGUUCUGUGUGCAGAAGAACGGAUGACAUCUUUGCCCAGUGACAUGUCCAAGCAGGUCAAGGAAUUUAUUUUAAUGACAUCAGCCGUGGCGUACCUGCUCCCUCACACUUUAGAGGAGAGCCCUCAACUCACCAAGCUGGUCUUCUUAAACAACGCACUGCGGAGUAUUCAUGCUCAGGCUUUGGAGAAUCUGACUGAGCUGCAGGAGCUUGAGAUCAGUGGAAACCCCUGGCUGGAGAAUUUAUUUCUGGGGACUUUUUCACAGCAGAGAAACUUGACGAAACUGCUGCUCAACUUCAACAGAUUUAAGACGGUGCUCCCCGGCAUGUUUAAUUCCCUGAAACGGCUAGAAACUCUGCAGAUGAAGGGAAACGUCAUAUCCCAUCUGCCUACAUUUCUUUUCCUGAACCUCCACAGCCUCCACAUCCUGGACUUGUCACAAAACACACUUGAAGAAUUGAAGAGAGAGACAUUUUCUGGUCUGACGAGCCUGGAGAUCCUGAAAAUUAACAACAACCUCAUUAGCAAUCUUACAUCUGAUGCAUUCCACAAUAUUUCCCAGCUGACAGAGCUUCACUUGGAAGGGAAUAAGAUAUCAGAGCUCACUGACGGCAUCUUCUCCGUGUUGACAGAGCUAAAUGUACUGAACCUUCGUGGAAACCUUCUUACAACCUUCAGCGAAAAUGUGUUUGGAUUCAAUGCCACAAGUUUGAAGGAGCUGAACCUUAAAGGAAACAGACUGACGGAGCUGUCCUCUCUCAGCCGUCUGACAUCGCUCACCGACCUCAUCUUGUCAUCUAACCAGCUCUCCAACCUUCCUAAAGACAUUUUUAGAAACAUCACACUGCUGGAGAAUCUGGAUCUCUCUGAAAACCAGCUCUCGUUGCUGCCUGAAAGAAUCUUCUAUGAUCUCUUCAGUAUCAAAUCAAUCCACCUCCACAAGAACAAUCUGAGGCAGUUGGACCCAAAACUGUUCGACGACCAGUUGCUCAUUCAGCAACUCUACUUGUCUGACAACCAGCUGGAAACUCUCCCGCUGGGCCUCUUCGAUGUCUUUAUCAUGGAGCACAUGUUGAGGCUUCACGGAAACCCCUGGAGAUGUGACUGCCACAUGUGGUACCUGCACGACUGGGUGCUGAGAAACAACCAAACCAUAGAGAUGCUGGACAGCGUGCUCUGCAACAGCCCAGACAUUUUGAAACAACGUACGGUCGCCUCCGUGGACAAAAAGCAGCUGGUGUGUCGGGUGUCUGCCGAUGAGACGCCUGAUCUCAGGAGCUGUAGCAUCCAAGCAUUCAAUGACACCAUGAUCGUCAAAUGUAAAGUGGAUAAAUGUUCUCCUAUGACGGUGAAGGUGCAGUUUCAGGAGGAUGACAGCAACACGAAGGAGCAUGUUUUGAAAAAUGAACAUUCUGAAUGCAGCAAUGGCACAAGGAUAGAAAGCCCCGUUCACUAAAGACCCCUGUUUAUUAAAUUUUCUGUGUGAAAAUAUUAUCCUCAUGCAUUUGUUGGUUCUUUAUAUAAAGAGUCUCAUUAAAUGUUCUGACUGUAGGAGUCAACACUGUAAACAAACCAGCUGAUAACCAGUGACAUGGACGCUUCAUGAUAAGAGAGGUGGAUGAACCCUUUUCUGGUAAAGUUCAAAGUUCAACUCAUUACAUUUGAACCCGUCACUUGUAAAAGAAACUAUGAGAAACAUGUCAGUCAUCUGCCAACGUGUGUUUUGACUGUGGCGUGUGUCUGAUCUGCAGACCCGCUCUUUAUGUAAAACACUGUCAGCAUUCGAGCAUCACUGGUUUUUCUUGAAGAAUACUUGAGUGUUUUGCAGUUAAAAAAAUUGAAUCAACUGUUCAUGUUACAGGUCAAUAAAAUAAAAUA